GCAGGUUAGUCACCUACUCCAGAGAGCAUCAGAACAAUGUCCUACGUUUUUGUAAACGACUCUUCCCAGACAAAUGUGCCGCUGCUGCAGGCUUGCAUUGAUGGAGAUUUUAACUAUUCCAAACGACUGUUAGAGAGCGGUUUUGACCCAAAUAUUCGUGACAGCCGAGGCCGAACUGGCCUUCACCUCGCUGCAGCCAGAGGAAACGUAGACAUCUGUCAACUCUUGCAUAAAUUUGGUGCUGACCUACUAGCCACUGAUUACCAAGGUAACACAGCCCUUCACCUGUGUGGGCAUGUGGAUACCAUCCAGUUCCUAGUUUCUAAUGGACUUAAAAUUGAUAUUUGCAAUCACCAAGGUGCAACACCGCUUGUUCUUGCAAAACGAAGGGGUGUGAAUAAAGAUGUGAUUAGACUGCUGGAAUCUUUAGAGGAACAAGAGGUGAAAGGAUUUAACAGAGGAGCUCACUCAAAGCUGGAAACAAUGCAAACUGCUGAAAGUGAAAGUGCGAUGGAAAGCCAUUCCCUCCUUAAUCCAAACCUACAGCAAGGUGAAGGAGUUCUUUCCAGUUUCCGCACAACAUGGCAAGAGUUUGUGGAAGACCUGGGCUUCUGGAGGGUGCUGCUCCUCAUCAUUGUCAUUGCUCUUCUGUCGCUUGGCAUAGCAUACUAUGUGAGCGGGGUGCUUCCUUUUGUAGAAAACCAGCCUGAACUGGUGCACUGAAGCAAAUGCAAAGAAGUGCACCAUGCUUUUCCUUGUUCUAGUCUUAUUUUGAGCUUCUUGGAAUUACUCUGUUGGUGCAGGCAGUGGCAGCUGUACAUACUGUUUGCCUUUUGUACUUACUAUUAACCCCUUUGAAAGAGGGAUUGAUUCAUUUCAAGUAAAACACUAAAUUCUAAAGCAUUCCUAAGCUACCUCUGACUUAUUUUGACUUGCAGGCAAAAUGUGAAGAAAAUCCUCUCUGUUGAUAAAAUAUUACGAUUAGAAAAGGCCUUUCAUAAUAUUGAAUUCCUGGGCAUGAAAAAUAUAUCCUAGUACAGAACCAUAUUUGAUUUAUUUUCCCUAUGAAGAGAGGUAAAUCUGUUGUUGGAUAUUUUUUGUGUGCACUUCAGUUGAAAGAAAAAUAUUCUUUUAAAAAAGUCCUCCUCAGGAAAUCUGAAUAACAUAACAACGCAUUCUGAUAUAUAGACAGCAAUAAGCUGCAACUUCAUUGUUCUUUUAAUGCCUCCCCAUAGUUUCAUAUCUGCUAGUUUAUAAAAAGAAUAAGAAAAAGUUCAAGUUUUACUAUGUCUUUAAUGUAUAGAUCACUCAUUUAUGAGGUUAAUGUAGUGUUUCUUCCUCAGAUGAAUUUAAUGUUGUUAAUACCUGCCUGAAGUGAAUUUUGUAGAACAAAGCUGUUUGUUGUGCUUUGGAAGUGAAGUUGUUUCAGCCUUAGGCUGAAAAUUUUGCCUUUUUGUUGAAAUACUAUUAAGUAAACCUUUCUUUGUAAGGGUGGUUAAAAAGUGAUUUAGGUGUUCUGCUCUGUAUAUAAUAAUUCUGUAAGGUCAUUGUCUUUGUGAAAUAUGUCAUGAAGGAUAAUUUUUCUUCCUCCCACAAGGACCAGACUGAACCAUAGAAUUGUAUUGUUUUCAUGUUUGUGGAGAGGACUUGAUUGAAUAGAAUUCCUUUCUAGAAUUGUUUUCCAUUUCAGUUGUUUUCAGACAGCACUUACAGGCUUAUUAAUUAUUUUAUGAGUAUGCAGAAUAAAAGUAUUUAAAAUGUUAAUAUUUAGGAACAUUGUAUGAAAUGAAAUCUUGACCCAUUCUGUACUUAGCUGUGAAAUCCUUUGUUUGUAAAAAACCUAGGGAUAUGGAUCAGCUAGAUACUCUUUUACAAAGGCUAGAAAGGUACUACAUAGUAAGUUGCAGGUUUUCAGAGAAAGCAGAUUCUCUCCUCCCAUGCUGAUGAGACAUCUAACUCUCUUUGUUGCCAUUGCCUUGAAAAUCCCAAAGAAAAUGAAUUCUGCAAACCUAAUGAAUCAAUUUUUUUUUUUACUUAGCCACUCCUAAAUUGUUGCUAAAUAACAUCAAACAUUUAUAAAAUUAUAAAUUACAGUAACUAUUGAUAUAAGUAACCUACAUCUCUCUGUUCUGCUACCAUGCAUAUUUUUCUUUCUUGUUUAUGGGUUUGAGUGAAUAGGGUUGUUGUCUUUGUUUUGAUGUGUGACAUGGGCUGCACUGAGCUGGGCCGCAUUCUAAAUUGCGUCUGAAUAAUUCUUGAUCUCAUUCCUUAAGUUAAAGGUUAAUGAAACGACACUUUUCUAGCAGCCACAAUGCUGCAGAAAGGAAAGCCUCUUAAAAACAAAACAAAACAAAAAAACAGAGCAUACCCCUCUUCUGAAUACUCCAAUUAUUGUACGUGUGUUCAUGAACAGAGAAAUAUAAACUCACAUUAUACCUAAAUUACAUUUACUUCUCUAAAUAAGUACAUUUCUGUUAAUAAUACUCUGUAUCUUGAAUAACCAUGUUGUCUUUCAGUAUGUAUUAUCUGCAUGAUUUGUAAUUGUAUUCUCAGUAUGGGUGAAUGCCACAAAUAAAUAUAUGU